UCCAAAUCCAAAGUAAAAAUUGAAGUAUACGCCGCGAGAAAACAAACGAACGGAACCAUGUAAAUCCCAAAGUGAUAAAGUCGCAUAAGUGCAUCCCAGUUUUCGUCGAUAUAAUCUCAGUAAUUUCAUGGUUGAUGGGUAUCUGUCUUUGUUGUACAGCAUCGGCGACAAACCUUUGGAGUAUUGGAGCAAGCAACAGUCUCAGUCGGGUCGUGUUCGUAAAAUUUUAGAUUCGGACUUGCUAGAGAAUGUUAUCGAGAUACAGGACUUCGAACAACCCCAUGGAUAUGGCACCUCCAUCAAUUGUCCCUCUGAUUCCACUCAAUUUCUCAACGUCGGAUUGCCAAUCCUAGCGGUGGUCAUUAAGAAUCUGAAUCUAAAUUGUCGUUUACAAGUGCAGGUGGCGGACAAUCAAAAUUGCCAGCAUCACUUCCAAUUCACGAACGCGGAAACGGAGAAGCAGAACUGCAGAGGCGUGAUUUGCCGGGUGAGGAUAAGGUUGGAGAGCGGCUGGAAUAAACUGGAGUUGGAUCUAUCGAGUCUGACGCAGACCGCCUUCAAACAGCAGUACGCCGUCACUCGGAGAGUUCAAAUUUCCGGCAAUUGUCGCCUGCGUAGGGUAUACUUUAUAGACAGGCACUACGAGGACGAAGAAGUCUGCCCGAAAUUGUAUCACAAGUUCCUCGACUCUUAUAUGCUGAAGUGGGGCAUAAGGACGAUGGAGAGGUCCACUCAGACCAACUCGAAGAGAGCGAAGAGCAAAAUCAAAGGGUACAGCUUCAGGCUGUCCAAACACUUCAGCGUGGAUCAGCUAGUCGGCGGGGAAACUGGCGCCAAAAGCUCGAACCUGCAGAAACUAACCGACGAGAAUUUUCUGGGUAAUUUGCAGGUCAAAACGGACCUGUUGAUCGACGAAUUCUUUGACAGGCAGUCCCCGAGGCUUCCGUGUGCUACGGAAUUGAAACGGAACAGCACGUUGAAACCGUACGCUCUCCCAACGGCAUCCUCGAAACAAAAACCCUUCGGCAUCGGCAUAUCUGAGGAAGCAUUGAGAAAGAUCAGUGUUCCUCGGACGUUUACACAGACUUACGUAUGCAACGAGGCGAAACAUAAAGAGAAUAACUUUCUGAAGACAAUACAGGACAAGUGGAAGUACAGGUACUUCUUCCCUGAGGUAGAACCAUCGGUUAACAACGACUUGUCGAGCCAGGCUGCGAAGAGGACGAUGCUGGAACGCAAACCGAGGUCCCUUCUUUUAUUGUCUGAAUCGAGAUCUGCAAAGGAGAGGAACUUAGGGCCGUCGAAGAAGAGCGCCGAGGUGAUCAAACGUAACGGAAGCGACACGGUCGUCAAUUGAUUGCCAAUUAUCGUGACAUUAAGUAACAGUGACCAAUACUGUUUGUUUGGUAAUUACUCUUGCCCAGUUAGGCCCAAAAAUGGCACCCUAGCAUUCAGAAUUUACAAUUAGGCUGUACUUUCUUCUUUAUAAUAUGUAUAUAGAAGGAAAUAAACGUCGUUAAAACACUUUUACCUGUCGGAUACUCUGUGAGACAGC